AUGGCAUCAUUGCGCAAAAAAAACAGAGCUUUGCAUUGGAUACAAAGGAGACGUGUCAAAGGAAAACUCAACGAUGUUGAUCCUUGUAAUGCAACAACAGAAGCAAACAUGAUUUACCUGAGAGCUUAUUGCUGCUAG